AUGUUUGCGACGGUGCAGUCGCCAGGCAUCACUCCUGCACACGCAGUUGGCCAGAAUGCAGCUGGAAUGUCCUGGAGCAAAGCUUACAACAAUGCCCUUUGCAUGAGAUUUGGGUUGCGGCCGAGCAGCCCACUUUAUCUUGACCUCGGAACAAGAUGGCCUGCACUGGAUGUAUAUAGCCGGCAGCUGCGCACUUUUCGCCCGUCUUCGCAGCCCAGUCUGAGACCGACCCUAAGUGCAACAGCCGCUUGCAGAUCUCAGGUGCUGCAAAGCACCAGGCGUAUUCGCCUGCAGUCGGACGCGAGCAGCGAGCAUUCGUCUAGCAAGCCAACGCUGCGGCGGUUGUUGGCACUGCUCUGGCCGGACCGAGUUCUUCUUGGAGUUGCUUUAUGUUUUCUGAUUGGUGCGGCUGUCUCACAGGCCAUGCUCCCUCACUGCUUAUCUGACACUUUGAGAGUGAUCAUUGCCGGUCAAGCAUCUGGCGCGCUCGGAGUGAGCACGUUCACCGGGCCUUUGUCAAACUUGUUGCUUGCGGCUUUAGCUGGAGCCUUCUUCUCUUCCCUCCGGGGUGCCUGCUUCAUCGUUAUUGGGGCCAGGGCUUCUGUGCGCCUCCGGAAGCAGCUAUUCAAGUCAUUACUCAAGCAAGACCUUGGCUUCUAUGACACCACGAAAACUGGAGAGAUCACUUCGCGCCUUACACAGGACUGCCAGCGAGUCGCCGACCAGGUCUCGUUUAACGUAAAUUUCUUUUCGCGGACUGUGGUGGAGCUGGUCGCCACGCUGUGCUUCAUGCUUUCGUAUUCUGCUGAGCUGACCAUGAUUUCUUUUGCCACCGUGCCUGUAGUGGCAUUUCUGUCCAAGAAGGUCGGGCAUUACAUGCAGAGGUUGUCCGAGGCAACUCAGCAAAGGCUUGCUGAUGCUAAUGCUGUUGCGGAGGAAGCCUUAUCCUCCAUCGCCACUGUGCGAACUUUUGGAGGUGAAGCCUGGGAGGAACAGCGAUUUCGUUCUAAUUUGUUGAAAUUCUAUGAACUGGAGAGUCGCAGGGCGAAAGUAUAUGUGGGAUAUCUCUUCGUCAUUAUGAUAUUGCCGCAUUUAGGAAACUGUCUCGUGUUGUUUCAAAUCGGACGCCUUUGUGUGCAUGGUCUUUCGGCCCCCACAUUGUUGGCUUUCGUCUUCUAUUUGCAGACGCUGAACGGCUGUUUCAAUUCGUUAGCAGACAUCUACACGAACAUUAUGCAAGCACUGGGAUCUGCUACACGCGUGUUUGCGCUCGUGCAUCGCAAACCGAACAUCACGCAAGCGGCUGCCGGUCCUGGCUCCAGCGCCGUAAAGGUGAAAGGUCACUUGGAACUCCGGAACGUGUACUUCAGCUACCCAGCACAUCCCGAAAAGCAGGUGUUGAAAGGUCUCUCGCUGCAAUGUGAGCCGGGAAGUGCAGUGGCACUGGUCGGAGCCAGUGGUGGUGGAAAGUCUACCUGCAUAUCCUUGUUUCAACGACUCUACGAGCCUCAGAGGGGAUCUGUUUUCUUGGACCAGCGAGACAUCAUGGAAUAUGACAGCAGCUCGUUCACCGAAGUUGUUUCUGCAGUUAAUCAGGAACCCGUCCUAUUCGGCUGCAGCAUUCGGGAAAAUAUUUUAUACGGUCUUCCAGAAGACCACCCGGCACGCAGCAAUGACCUAUCACCCGAUGUGGUGCAAGCGGCGUGCCUGGCUAAUGCUCACAGUUUUAUUCAACGAAUGGCAGAUGGUUACGACACAGAGGUGGGGGAACGAGGGGUGCAACUAUCUGGAGGACAGAAGCAGCGCAUCGCAAUCGCUCGGGCUCUUGUGCGUAAGCCGCAGGUUCUACUGCUUGAUGAGGCUACGAGCGCACUUGACGCGGAAAGCGAACUUCAGGUUCAGAUUGCCAUCAACAACUUGGUGGCACAGGAGGACAUGACGGUCGUGAUUGUCGCGCACAGGCUAUCAACAGUGCAGAGGGCAGACAAGAUUUGUGUAGUGGAGGGAGGUGUGAUUGUGGAACAAGGCCGACACGCCGAUUUGCUUCAGAAGGCAGAUGGACACUACAAGCGAUCAGUGGACCAGCAGCUCAAACACUGA